AUGCAGGUCCAGCCGAGCCCUAACCAGAUCAGGCUGGCCUUUGUUGUGGUGGACCGUCCGGCGGUGGGACCCCGGCCGUGGCCCGUCCACCCACAUCCGGCAGAACAAGAACAAUCCCUCCGGCCCCCGUUCCCUCUCCCUCCUCCACCCAGCCUCCCCGUCUUCCACACGCGCCACGCGGAGGAGAGCGCCGAGCGGCCUCACCUGGUCACCGUGGUGCGGCCCAGUCAGAGCGAGCUGCGGAAGCUGAAACGGUUGGGUUUUGCUAAUCUUUUCGUUGGAUUUGACUUUAAAUCAGUUCCGUGUCUGAGCUGUGAUCUUUGUGAUCUGUGUGUGUUUGAGGUGACGGUGCUGCUGAACCGGAGGGGCGUCGUCUCCUUUGAGCAGCUGCUGUCCGACAUCUCGGAGGCGUUGGGGUUCCCUCGAUGGCACCGAGCCAGAGUCACGCGCCUGUACACGACACAUGCACGCGAGGUUAAGGGCGUGUGCGGCUUCUUCUGUGGGCACGCGGCCUUCCUGGCCCUGGGGAAGGCUCGCCCGGAGCUGGAGGCCGUGCGGGAGGCUCUGGAGGAGCUGUUCCCAGAGCACUCGCACUAUCGAGCCAACGCGCUGAGGGCCUGGGAGAAGAAGCUGCGCCCGCCGCCCGACAAAGCCGCCAAGGCCGACAGCGGCUACGGCGAGGAGACGGACGCCGGCGGGCCCCGGAGGGACGCCGUCAGCCACGCGGACGCACCCCCGACUCAAAACGGAGGCUCGCACCAGCAGGACCCGGAUCCAGACCCCCAGAAACCACACAGAAAAAGCCCCUGGAGGAAACCGCCGCUUCUCCCCAACAACCUGCAGCGGCUGCACGCCAGGGGCGGAGCCAGAGAGCCAGUUAUAGGAGCCCCGAAACUCCGAGACGAUGACGCCCCUCCUCCCGUUCUGUGUGAAAGCUGCUUCACUAGAAGAGCCAAACCUGAGGCUCCAGAUCUGGUCGGGCCGGGGAGGGCGCCCCUUCCUCCUCUUUCAAAUAGGAAGAGAGGAGGUUCUCAAAAAGAGCAGGAGGAGAAAGACCCCGACCCCCCGGUUAGAGGGGAGAAGCCGGGUCUGAGCCCAGAAGAGGCCCCAGACCCCGUCCAUCAGAGGGAGGGCAGCGGAGGCCUGUCCCUGUCCGACAUCGAGCGCCGUGCCGGCGGCGGGGGGGGCGGCGGCGGGAAAAACCUCGCCAUGAAGAUCGUGCAGCGCUCCAGGCUGGCGGGGCGGGAGCACAUGAUGCAGAACGAGCUGAGCCUGCUGGGCAGCCUGAGCCACCCGCGGGUGGUCCGGCUGCUGGAGCACCACCACACCCACACCCACUCAUACCUGCUCAUGGAGCUGGUCGCCGGGGGCGACCUGUUCGACGCCAUCAGCCGGAGCGGGAGGUUCCCGGAGGCCGAGGCCGGGCUCAUGGUGUCCGACGUGAGCGAGGCGCUGAGCUACAUCCACGGCCGCAGCAUCGUGCACCGGGACCUGAAACCAGAGAACCUGCUGGUGGGUGUCAGGGUGGGGGGGCCAAUAUACAGAUAUAAUGCCACAAAACCAGGCCAGUUUAUUCUUAAUAAGCAUGUUUUUAAUAAGCCUGACUUCCUCCUGCUGCCUCAGAUAGAGCCGGCUGCUGGUGGGAUCCUGCGGCUGAAGUUGGGAGACUUCGGGCUGGCGAUGGUCGUGACAGAACCGGUGUUCACUAUAUGUGGGACGCCCACCUAUGUGGCCCCAGAGAUCCUGUGUGAGACAGGUUAUGGCGUGGCUGUGGAUGUUUGGGCUCUGGGUGUGAUUCUUUAUAUCCUGCUGUGUGGAUUUCCCCCAUUUCGCAGCAGGGACCGGGACCAGGAAGAGCUCUUCAAGCUAAUAAAACAAGCACAACUUCACUUUCCGUCCCCUUACUGGGACUCCAUCUCAGAGGAGGCCAGAGACCUCGUCACAUGCCUGCUGCAGCCCGACCCCUCACUGAGGAUCACAGCGGAGAAGACCCUGCUGCAUCAGUGGGUGAAAGCCAUGGCCUCAGUCUGCCAACAGGGGGCGCUCACAGACAGACGUCAGAAAGAGAAGGCAGGAGCUUCAGCAGAGAAAGGCCGAAGAACAGCUCCUGAAAAUGGCUCGUUCCCAGUGGGAGCCCCCCCGGGCCCCCACAGACCUGGACCCGGACCCACUGGGUUACACAUGGACCCCAAAAACUGUGACUCCCCAGAGACUCAGACAAGCCUCCGUCCCAGAUUAAACCGCCAUUAG